AUGAAGGAUACUGGAAAACGGCUUCUGCCGUUUGCGCUUUUAUUUCUGCAUCUAUUUGUAUCACUCAUACAUGCGGCAGCAAAUGCUGGUGACGAUCAGUUACGAUCAGAUUUAGAUGAUGCAUUACGAGUAGUUAAGGAGACUUCUACUCAUACCUCUACGCACGCUGCACAGUCGCCGACAUCCCACAUAACAAACGAAGAGGAUAAUAACCUCGGAGGGUCCGAUGGAACACACCAAGUCGCCAAAGCGUUGGCCCUCCUCCACAAGUACGAACGACUAAACCCACGACCAUCACGGAAACCUGCAGGCUUAGGCGCAACUAUUAGCCAAUAUUUUUGGGCAGUAUUGCCAAAGCUAUCAGCUGAAGGACCGGAUUCUGGUGCAGGCGUGCGCGAGAAGGGACUUCCCAAGCAAGUGGCACAAGCGGUGCAAUUGCUGCAAGAUGCAGCACAGGUCAAUAACUCCGAUGCGAUGUUUGUUCUAGCGCAGAUGAAUUUCUAUGGCAAUUUUACACAUCCAAAGGACUAUUCUGAGGCGUUUAGGAGGUACCACCAACUCGCGUCUCUCAAUGGGAAUGCUUCUGCCCAGCACAUGGUCGGGUUCAUGUACGCCACGGGAAUUGGUGGUGCCGUGGAACGGCAUCAGGCGAACGCGCUUUUGUAUCAUACAUUCGCAGCUGCUGCGGGAGACGUACGGGCUGAGAUGACGGUGGCGCAUCGACAUCAUAGUGGCAUUGGAACUGCUCGAAAUUGCGAAGUUGCAGUUAAGCAUUAUAGAAGCGUAGCAGAGAAAGCUAUGCAGUGGUACAGAUCUGGACCUCCUGGUGGUAUGGCAUGGGUGCACGAUUCCUACCGAUUGGCCGAUGAUGAUGGAGGAGUUUAUGGUGAAGGGGCAAGCUUUUCAAGUGCUGGGAGUAACGCCAACAAAGCAAGCCCGAACUCUGAUGCUCUCGCUACCCUUGCCGAUGUGUUGGAGUACCUGGAUCUGAUGUCGAGGAAGGGAGAUUUCAAAGCGACAUUCAGUUUAGGUCGGAUUCAUUAUGAUGGUCAAAAAGGGCUUUCACGCAAUAUGAAGAGCGCCAAAUGGUACUUCAUGAGGGUGGCCAAGCUUCACUGGACCAAAGACGGACGUAUUAUCGAGAGCGAUAAGCCAGGUUUGGAAAAAAUUGCUUCUAAAGCUGCCGGCUACCUGGGACACAUGUUCAUGCGCGGGGAGGGCUGGGACCAGAGUUUUGAGAAAGCACAUAUCUGGUUUACUCGAGGGAUCCAGAACGGCGACGCUGGAUCUCAGUACGGAAUGGGAUUGAUGUACUUGGAGGGCUAUGGAGUCCCAAAAAACGUAGUCAGGGCAAGCGAAUUGCUCAAGGUAUCCGCAGAUCAGGACUAUGCCCCUGCCUUGGUUACCAUGGGUGCCUUGCAUCUUGACCAGGGCAGUCCAGAUGAUUUGGCAGUUGCCAGUCGCUAUUUCGAGCGUGCCGCAAAAUAUGGAAAUAUCGAGGCUCUUUACUACCUUGCAGAAAUCAUUAAUCAAGGUAUCGGAAGGGAUCGAAGCUGUGGUCUAGCAACUGCUUAUUACAAAAGUGUUGCGGAGAAAGCUGAACCAUUCAUCUCGUCUUUUGCGGAAGCCAACCAUGAAUACGAGGAAGGUGAUGUUGAGUUGGCUCUCGUUGAUUAUAUGCACGCCGCCGAGCAAGGCUACGAGCGAGGUCAGGCCAAUGUAGCGUAUCUUCUGGACGAGCAGAAAUCGAAGUGGGAAUUGCCGUCUUGGUUGGCAUUGAGAGCGCCGCGACCGAAAUUUUUGCAAAACGCAGCCCUGGCACUAAUUUAUUGGACGCGAUCUGCGAAACAGACAAACAUAGAUUCUAUGGUCAAGAUGGGGGAUUACUAUCUGUAUGGUCUUGGUACCCAACCCGACAUGGAGAAGGCCGCGACUUGUUACCAGGCCGCUUCUGAAUUCCCACAAAGCGCACAAGCCUUGUUCAACCUCGGUUGGAUGCACGAGAACGGUGUUGGCCUCGAUCAAGACUUCCAUCUUGCAAAGCGAUAUUAUGAUCAUGCCUUGGAGACGAAUGAUGAGGCGUAUUUGCCCGUCACCUUGAGUCUGUUCAAGCUACGCCUACGAAGCGCGUGGAACACUUUUACUCAUGGACGGGUGAACUCAAUACAAGACGAGCCGUCACCUAGAAAGCAAUGGUCGUUGUCUGAAUGGAUCAGCAACUUUCUCCAGGAUGACCACCCUUACUAUGGAGACAGCGACUACGACGACACGAAUUACCUGUCAGAUGCGGACCACAUGCCUGGGGGCGAUUCGGACGGAUUUUAUGAUGAUAUUAUCGACGAUGGCAUUCUAGAGAGCCUUGUGAUUGUGGUCCUUGCCGCGGCGCUGGUGUUCCUGAUCUAUUACCGGCAGCAGCAUCAACUUGCUCACCGGCGGGGAGAAGCGGCUGCGAGAGUGCCAGGCGGAGAGCAUCCGGGCGCAGAAGGCCCGCCAGCGGCAGCACCGGAGGAGCGAGGUGUGUUCCCUCCACCAGGAGAACCAGAACUGAACGACUGGGUCGCUGGAGGGGUUGGCCAUUGA